AUGCAAAAGGCUCAUUACUGUCCUACAUGUCGACAAUGCAUACGUGGCGCGCUUAGUGGACUACCUCCAUCGCAGCCAGGUGCCGAAAACGAAGAAGAACAUGUAUUUGAGUUCAUCUACGACGAAGAAGAAGAAGAACUUGAAGCAGAACUUGAAGCAAGACUUGAAGCAGAAUUUGAAGAAGAACAUGAAGAAGAACUCGAAGAAGAACAAAAAGAAGAAAAUGAAGAAGAAGAUGAAGAUGAAGAUGAAGAUGAAGAUGAAGAUGAAGAUGAAGAUGAAGAUGAAGAUGAAGAUGAAGAUGAAGAUGAAGAAGAGGAAGAGGAAGAAGCUGAACAAGUCCUCAGUCCGCAACAGCGUGAACAACGCGAUAAGCACUGGGCCAACUUAAUCGAAGUCAGCAACAUUCUACAAGGAAUCGAAACAAUCGUUGUUCCCCCGGUUGCGGCGGGGGGCCAUUCAAGCCUGGCUCUUCAAGUCGUACGCCCGGACCCGACUAUCCAGAAUGAAGACCGCGCCCUCAGGCAAACACUGACUCGUCUCUGGAAUCAAAGCCAUUAUCUCAACGAGCUCCUGUGUCACAAUUUCAAACGCAAGCAGGAGGAGAGGCAAAGGGAAAUACUGCGCGCUGAAAGGGAGAGGAACUUACUGCACGCUGAGAUGAUGCUGUAUAUCGUUAAUUUCCGGAGGAUGUAG